UGAGACCCGAUGAAAUACAAUCUAGGUCACUAAAGAAUUAGCAAAUUUUGUCGCGAACGAUGCGGGAGGUUCGAUUUUUCAAGGUGGUUACAUAGGUAUGUACAUCGUUCUCCGAAGUGUUGCUUUGCUCUCUCCAAAACAUAUUGGACUUCAACCUCUUUGUUCGCAAACACAUACUUUGAUAAAACAGCACCGUUUGUAUGCAGUUUUGCCCGGUAAAAUUAUGCCCUUACCACUUGUUUCUACAGUAGUUUCUAGAAACGCAAGUCAUGAGAGAAAAAUGCCUAAAAGAGUCUCAGACUUCAUGUCACGUGUAUUCUUUGAUAAUAUGCACUUCUAUAUUAUGUUGGGUCUUGUUCCUUCACUGCUUCUAAUUUUUUUCGUCAACUUAUUUAUUGGGCCAGCAGAGUUGACAGACAUACCAGAGGACUAUGAGCCACGUCACUGGGAAUAUCAUAAACACCCUAUUACGCGCUUCAUUGCUAAGUACAUGUGCGAACAUCCCCAGAAGUUGUAUGAAUCUUCUUUAGCAGAAUUGGAUGAGGUUCGAUAUACUAAGGAGCUGGUUGAUGAAGAAAGAUGGUUUCGUAAGUCUCAACUUGAAAAAGGCGACUUUCGUGCUUGGUAUUUCGUCCCAGUUAAUCCAACUGGUGUUAAUCGCUCAUUUGAAAGACUCAUGAAAGAUCAAGAGGCUGGCCAACUAGUUAGUCGUUGAUUAUAAAACUCACUUCAGACUAAUACUUUGUAUUAUCUUUCAACUAAAUGGAGUUUGUUUUAAUCCUAGAUUAAAUGUUAUGAAAAACUUAUGUUAUUCAUUCAUUAAUAAAAAAAUUAAUGUAUUUA